GCAGGGAAAGUAGGGGAGGCGCUGUCUCGCGGUGCUGCCAGAAUGAUGAUGUCAUGGCUGCCAAGCUGAGGUGGCCGGCGCUUCGAUUUAAAGACACACUCGAGAGCGUUAUGUAGUGGUCGAAAAGCGCCCGCGUCUCGAUCGACCAACAGCCGAAGAGUUCGAGCGAGCAAAGUUGGCGUCGAAAAUCGACGUUCACGACCGAUAAACACGCCACCGUGAUCGCUGGCGGGCGCGGCCGCGCGCGAUGAGCAAAAAGAGCGAAAACGUAAGCGUCCGAGGCGCAGGUGACGAUGAGAGCAAGUGGCGGUGGCGGCCACCGCCGCGCGGCGUCGGUGCCGACGCGUACACGUUGUGCGACGCGUGGAAAAACGGCGGGACGUGUCGCUAUGGCGUGCAGUGCGUCGAGGCGCACGGCCAGGACGAAUUGGACGAGUGGCGGUGCCGCUUCGAAGAACGGAAGGCCCGUCUCGCCACGAGCACGUACACCGAAGGCCUCCUGGAAAAGUGGAAUUCGUCCGACGAGAAGUCGGAAGUCAUCUCGGAGCAGCUGCCCGCGGGCGUUGCGUCCCUGACCUGCGAAGACCUAGCAAAUGUUGUCGCUGCCAACAAACACAGCAAGACGCAGUGGACCAUCUCUGCACAGUCUCUGGGCAAAACAAGGCUCAAGGUGGUCGCCCUGCUGCAGGAUAAUUGUCGAGAGCAAUUUCGACUCACCGAGAUCCAGAUUCGCUCUGGAAAUGGAACAGCGCACACAUGGCGUCCGAACACCAAUCAAGACUGGAAAGUUCCUGACAGUGCUUACAAAGGUCUGAAGGCUGAUGCCAAAGUUCACUACAAGAUAAAAGUUCAAUUUUCUACGGAAAUCUAUGGCACAUUCCGCCAGUCAAUUGUUUUUGACUUCGGUACCUUUCCUGUGACGGUGAAGCACGUCAGUGUAGAGGUCGUUCCUGGACCAAACAAAUCUGAAGAGGGCGAUGCGGUCGAGGGUGACCCUGAGGAGGAACAAGAACGCCUGGCAGAGGUCAGAAGUUUGGUGGUCAGUUCGGCUGGGCGCUGGGUUGACGGGAUCAACGCUUCGGUUAUCCCGUUCUUCUCGGACGCUUACAAAUGCUUGCCCUUGACCCAGCAGCCGAGGUACAUGCCCUCGGAUUCGGAUAAAAAACUGCUGGCCACCUACCCUGUACCCCAAGCAAACGAGUUUCCCUUCACUGAUGCUGUCAUGGAACGAGCAAUCACCAUGACAAACUACAUCGAAAGAUUACAUCAACUUCUUUUUAUUGAAGAACUUGCUAGGUACGACUUAGUGUCACAUUUCAACGUAGAAGUCAAGUUGCACUUGGCAUCGAGUUAUUUGUUGGCCACCACAUCAGCUCCAGGAAGUGGAGGUGGUGGAGGUGGCACGGCAAAGUAUGCGCCUCCAGGAGAGUUGUAUGCACACUUAGCCUUGAGCAAGGAUAUUUCGGAGGAUACUUGCUCUGGUAGACUCAUUUUAAACAACUGCACUUCAAUUUUCAUCUCCUCAGCAUCUGAAAAAGAGAAAAUGGAUAAAGAUACAAAACGAACCGUUUAUGAAGCGGUCAUCGAGGACAAGGGAAAGAAUGUUGUAUAUCUUCGGCUUUCGUCAGACUUAGUGAAAUACUACAACCUGAAAGCCGACAUGGAUUUCCCAGCAGAUGUUCAGUUCCAGCUUAAUAGGGUUCCAUUUUGCGAGUGGCACUAUUCCGUAGACCAGAUGAAACCCAACGUCAGUCUUGUUUUUCCUGAAACCACAAAGCAUCCGAGUAUCCCAUGGAAUCCUCAAAGGCAAUGGAAUGACAGUUUAGACUCGAGAUUGAAUCCGAAGCAGAGGGAAGCCGUAAUUGCAAUAACAACCCCAGUGGAAACUCCUUUGCCUCCCAUCCUGCUGAUAGGCCCUUUUGGCACUGGCAAGACUUACACCCUAGCACAAGGAAUCAAGCAAAUUCUGCUGCAGCCCAACACGAGAGUAUUAGUUUGCACGCACUCCAACAGUGCAGCAGAUCUGUACAUCAAAGACUACCUUCACCCCUAUGUGCUGGAUGGUCACGAGGAAGCAAGGCCUUUGAGAAUCUACUUCACUCAGAGAUGGGUGACGACCGUUCACCAAACUGUGCAAAAAUACUGUUUGAUCAAUGUUUCCGAAACAGAACGAACAUUUAGGAGUCCCACAGAAGAAGAUAUUAUGAGGCAUCGGGUUAUUGUUGUUACGUUGAGCAUAUCGACGUACCUCUCCAGCAUGGGACUGAAAAAAGGCCACUUCACCCACAUCUUGUUGGACGAAGCGGCUCAAGCAAUGGAGUGUGAGGCCAUCAUGCCUUUGGCAAUUGCAGAUGAAAACACGCGAAUUGUGCUUGCUGGAGACCACAUGCAGCUUAGCCCGGAGGUUCAUUCGCCUUUUGCUAGAGAGAAGGGGCUGCAUUUCUCCCUUUUGGAACGCUUGUACGACCAUUACCCCUCAACCUUCCCCUGCAAAAUUCUUCUAUGCGAAAACUACCGUGCCCACGAAGCAAUCAUUCAAUUUACAUCGGAGCUCUUUUAUGACCAAAAGUUGAUCAGUAGUGGAAACCAGCCCAGGCACGAAAAAUUAUACCCGCUAACAUUUUACACAACUAGAGGAGAGGACAUUCAAGAGACAAACAGUACGGCUUUUUACAAUAAUGCAGAGGUUUAUGAGUUGGUUGAACGUGUUGCUGAUUUGAGGAAAAAGUGGCCGAAAGAAUGGGGACGACUGGACGAGCAUAGCAUUGGUGUCAUGACGCCGUACGCAGAUCAGGUGUUUCGGAUUAGGGCUGAACUCAGAAAACGGCGAAUGGGAGGAGUGUCUGUGGAGAGAGUUUUGAACAUUCAAGGCAAGCAAUUCAGAGCAGUUUUUCUAAGCACCGUCAGAACAAGAAGUACCUGCAAGCCUGGAGCAAAAGAAGCCUCUGCUGAAGACAUGGAUUACGGAUUUCUAUCAAACUCAAAACUGCUGAACACUGCCAUCACCCGAGCACAGAGUUUGGUAGCAGUGGUGGGAGAUCCAGUGGCACUUUGUUCGAUAGGGCGAUGCAGGAAAGUUUGGGAAAAGUUCAUCAAUGUUUGCCACCAGAAUCGGAGCCUGUUUGGCAUCACAUGGGCUGCUCUGAGAGCUCAACUGGACGGAGUGGAGAUGAGAAGCACCUACACCCUAAAUCCUUUGGCGCCUGAAUUUGUACCUCGGCGCUUGCAGACCGAAAGCUCCGCACCAGCUUCUCAAGCUCCCGCCGCCUUUGCCGGUGCCAACCUCAACUACAACCAGCAAGUUCCGGUGCACCCUCAAAACAUCUACCCCCAAAUGUUCUUCAUGCCUCCGCCAGUCGUCAUGCAACACCCAAUGAUGUACCCACCAAACUGGAAGGCAAGAGCAGUUCCAUCUCCUCCACCCAAAGCGCCCCUGAUUCGACCGCAACCCACACCGUACUACCCUCCGUAUGCCGGCCAACAACCACGAAUACCCAUGGUUCCGGGCAUGCGACCUCCUCAGAUUCUGCCACCAGCAAUGCCGCCCCAGGCAAUGCCGCCUCUGCAACCUCCACCUCCACCCGUUGUGCCCUCGGCCCAGCCUAGAAUGUUCCCGGAACGACCGAACAGCCUCAACCACGAGAGUGAGCAACCCAAGCAGAUCCAGUUUCUGCACAAUGUGCAUUUCCCGGAGAGACACCCAUCACCUGCCACAAAUACAAAUAACUGGGACUCCAACGUGACGAACCAGAUGAUGGCUGAGAAAAACAUUCCACCAAACAUGGAUCCAAGGAGGGGAUAUCCACCUUCACCUCAGCAACCUCCCAUGAGACCGCAAUCCCAUCAAGGACCACCUCCACAAAACUCAGCUGGACACUCAAGAAUCUCACCCUUUCAGAACCUUUUGCCUCCAAAUAUAACCCUGGAAACGAUGUUGAAAAAUACUGCUAUGCAAUAUGAUUGGCACAAGACUUUGGUUGAAAAUUGUGGACCUGACGCUGGUGCAAAAUUUGUGGAAAUGAUUGUGGCUGCGAAUAACUACAAGCAGAAAACCACUGCUCCAGUGAAACCGGAGCCAAAGAUGGUCCAGUCGCAAAUGAUGGGUCCACCGGUCAUGCAACAACCUCCCCAUUACUCUCAGCAGCAAGCCACCUCGCCGCAAAUGGUUUCUCCCCAGUCUGCAAUGCAUCACUCGCUGAAUCACCACCACAACCUGCUUCCUCCUCAUCAAAGCAUGCAGCAGCAGCAACAGCUCUCACCAGGAACGCAGCUGAUGCAAAACGAAGUGGUCGAAGACGUUGUGCGCUCCUUGGACAAGUUACUCGCUUCAUCGUCGAUUGCGGAAAAGGCAAAGUACCUCGGUAUGCCUGACCGUAUCCCACUCCCGCCUCAGUUCGAACAAAACAUGGUCAACCGCCCGUCAAUGGCACCACACAAAAUGCAACCAGACAUCAUGAACGGACAUUCAUCAAACCAUUUUGAGCCGAUCAACAUUUUCUCCGAUGACCUGAUACCACUGCCUGCCGAUUUCAUUAGACGAGAAAAUGAGAGGAUGCAAGGUUAUCCGCAAGCGCACGAAAAUCCCUUAACACAAAGCAGGCUUUUUAAUCUGCAACAUAAAGAGGAGAUGCCAGGAAACAGAGCAAACAGCUGGAUGAAUUCCUCGGCAAUGAUGCAACAGAACGGACCGCGCCUCUCUAGACUGGAAACGACAUACAGCCCGACACCUGAAAGAAUUGCCGAAAGGAUGUACCGAUCUCAAAGUCCGCCUCAUCCUGACCACGAGCAACCGACCGGAAACUCUGAAAUGAUGGAACAGGCGCCGCCACCCACGCUGAGCUACGCCAGUGUGCUGAGGCAGAAACCGCAGCCGACAACUCCAACGAUGGGGCUGAACAAGUCGCUUCUGGACGACCCUUUCGCAGUGCUGAGGGAGUUGGGCACCCGCAGCGCCAGCCAGCUGCAGAGCAACAAUAAUCUACCCUACAGACCUUACAACCACAACUAAAACUUCUUGCGUGUAACCGAUUGGGACAUUUUGCAUUUGUUGAGGAGGAUUUUAAACGGUUUUUCAAUCAAAAGUAAUCAGCAUGCAGUUUUCCCCCCUAUUACCUAUCCAGUACAGGCUUUUGUUUUGAAUUUAACAAGCGCCACACCAGCGGCACGUUUCCCAUUCCUACUUCAUCUGGUUGCAAACUAUGCUUGGCUGUCGGCAACCAGUCCCCUGGGGGUUUUCGUCCCGAAGAAGGUUUCCCCCAAAAAUAUACUCAAAUGAAGUUAGCAGAUUGAAAUGUUCAAAAUAAAAUACAGAAAAACUAAUAAAAAUGAUAAAAUA